CUGAUUUUUAGGCUUUUCGUAUAUUCUAAUAUAUAUAUUUUUAAUUAGUGUCUCCAUGUUAGCGGGACAACCAAAGGUGGAGAACUAUUUACGAUUUUUUCAAAAAUCUGAAAAUUCUGCUCGUUAGAUAGAUUGAAUGAGGACUAGGGUUGAAUAAUGGUGCGGGUGCAGGCAUAUGUUCUAAAACUCAUGCUCACGGAUGCUCUCCGCUCACCUUUCUCGUUCCCCGACCGACGCCCAACCUCGGACCAAUCAUAUCGCUUGAAUUCUCCUUCUCACCCUCUCACAUUCCGCCACGUGUCAAUAAGUUAAUCCUUUUAUUCUCCUGUACUUGUCCAUAAACGCAACUAUACUACACCGUCCUCCCCUCAUUUCGCGCUCUACCUCCCUCCCUCCAGUAGUACUCUUCCCAAUAUUAAUCUCUUCCCUCCUCUUCUCCCCGAUGCCGCUUCCCCGCGCCUGCCUCCCCUUCUCUGCUCCCUCCGCUGCUGCUAAGCGCGCCGACGCGAUCGCUGAACUCGCCGCCGAUCCUUCUUCCUCCCUCCGCUCCCUUCCUCUGGCCGCAUCCGACGACGACGACUCCGCCUCGCUCCUCACCUGCCCCUCCCUUCCUUCCCUCCGAUCAUCCCUGAUUCCUUCUUCUUGUUCUUCCUGCUCUCCCUCGUCUGCCUCCUUCGCGUACCUCACUUCUCUCCGACCGGCCGUCGGCCCCUCAUCAUCAGCAUCAGCAUCAGCAUCAGCAUCAGCCGUCAGUGCCGCCGCCGCUCUGGCCUCCUCCCCCGCCUCCCUCCUCCUCUACUGCGCCACUCCGUCGGAGAUCUGCAUCUACGACCUCCGCGGCCUCCGCCCGAUCCAGACCGUCGCCGCCUCCCCCUCGGCGGGGGCGCUCAAAUCCGUCGCGCUCCUCCCCGACGGCCGCCGCGCCCUCACCGCCCACCAGGACGGCCGAGUCCGCGUGUGGCGCCGCUCCGGCCGCUCCGGCCGCCUCCGCCUGGCCGCCGCCCUCCCCACCGUGCCCGACCGCGUCCGCCGCCUCCCCCUCCCCGGCAGCUACGUCCGCGUCCGCCGCCACCGCCGCCGCCUCUGGAUCGAGCACGCCGACGCCGUCUCCGCCGUCGCCGCCGCGGCCGCCGGCGACCUGCUCUACUCCUCCUCCUGGGACAAGACCCUCAAGAUCUGGCGCGCCGCCGACCUCCGCUGCGUCGAGUCCCUCGCGGCGCACGACGACGCAGUCAACGCCGUCGCCGUCGCCCCCGACGGGGAGGUCUUCACGGGGUCGGCCGACGGGAGCAUCCGAGUCUGGGCGCGCGGGGAGCGGCGGCACGCGCUGGUGGCGACGUUGGAGCGGCACGCGUCGGCCGUGAACGCGCUGGCCAUCGGCGGCGGCGGCGGCGACGAGGCGGGGGCGGUGCUGUACUCGGGGUCCAACGACAGGUCGAUCUUGGUCUGGGAGAAGGAGGGCGGCCGCAUGGCCGCGGUGGGGGCGCUGCGGGGCCACGAGAAGGCGGUGCUGUGCGUCGCCUGCGUCGGAAACGUCGUCUUCAGCGGCUCCGCGGAUCGGACGGUGAGGAUUUGGCGGAGGGGCGGGAGCGAGCACGGCUGCCUCGGGGUGCUGAUCGGGCACUCGAGUGCCGUCAGGUCGAUUACGGCAGUCCGAACGCCGCCGCCGGAGGAGGAGUAUCGGGUGUGCAGCGCCAGCCUGGAUGGGGAGGUCAGGGUUUGGCGGGUCCGGGUUUCGGCACUCGAUUGGGGGAUUCCAUCCGAUCCGACCCUCCCUCGUAAAGUAUAGGCACAAUGAAAUUUUAUUAUUUUGAUUCUUUUUUUUUUAUUUUUUUUAUAUAUGUAUAAUAUAUAUUUUUUGGUUUCUUUCGGUCGUGAGCUUGUUGGCCGCGGACUCGCGGUAUAACGGGGCUUGGAUGUACUUC